AUGGCUCAGAAGUUCUCAGCGGGUCUUCCGGCUAGCUACGGGGUGGAUUUGUCGCAGUACGGUUUCCCCCGUUUUCUACUUGAUCCGAGUUUCGAUUACUCGGAAGCUGGUCUCGAUGAGGAUACUGGCGACUUUGGGUGGGAUACAAAUUCCAGCUGUGACACCCCUAGCACUUUUAAGAUCGGCGACCAUGACUCGGGCUGGAAUCCGGGCCCGGGGUCUAUGUCGCCACGGCCCGCUGAUGGACCCAACAAAGGCAACAUAGCUUCGACAGCGAAAACCACCUCGGGAACCAUCCAGAUCAGAAUUAUCCCAGCCGCACACACACCAAAGCCCUGGGCGGCCUGUAUCAAAAUCAAGUGCAAAGACGUAGCUCGUCUGAUGCGGGAGGGUUUUUUCUGGUCGGCCGACAACGUGCUGCCGGAAAGGGGUCACAUGUCUCCUCAUGUUGGACGCGCGUGGGUGGACUUGGGAUGCCGUCAUCAACGCACGUGGAUCAUCGCCGACAACCCCGACGACGAGGUUUCCCAAUGGGGAGGUUCAAUUAAAGUCGUGAGCCCUUGUAUGGAAAAUCUCGCGAAAUUCCGGACCCACCAUCUGUCAACAGCGACUGUCACUGUGUAUUGUGCGUCUGCCUGGAACGAGAUGGGGCGUUCGAUAUACAAGUACGACUACCGUCGCCCCGACGACAACUAUAACUGUAUCUACGACGACAAGCCGCUGAGAGGCUGGUGGCCGUGGCCAAAUAAGUGCACCCCUGACGUGAUUACUCCCCUGGGGGAUGAAAGCCAGCUCUUUCCGCGCCGCACAUGCACUCUCCCCGGUCCUUCACCCCACCCGGAUCCGAAUGUGCCCACCCGGGACCCUGGCGAGCUCUACUUGCCCCGUCCACCAUUCGAACUGUCCGCCAGAACAACAGAUGAUUGUUUUGAUUAUGAUGAUGAUGAUAAUGGUGAGGGUGAAUUGAUGGAGAAGUCGGUAUCGGGUACGUGUAGCUAG